AUGGUCUUCGAGAAAAAAGUGAGUUUAAUUUACGAAAAUUUUUGGCCUUUAUAUAAAAAAUAUUGACGAAAUGUCACAAAGAUUAUUGGAAAAUUUGAAGUCGAUUUAAUAUCAAAAUCAUGAAGGAAAUAGGUUUUUGGAGGUUCAGAAUACGUUUCUUCCAUUUUGUCAGACUAAAUCAAUGUAGUUUGAUACUAAAAAAUCAAGUCUUUACCGAGAGCUGACAUAAAAUAAUAAAAUUCUCCCAAUUUCAGGUAAAAGAGAUCGUAUGCGUUGGUGCUGGCUAUGUCGGUGGCCCCACCUGCGCCAUGAUCGCCCACAAAUGCCCUCAUAUCAAUGUGACUGUGGUCGAUAUGAAUGCCGCGAAGAUCGCGGAAUGGAAUUCAGAUACUUUGCCCAUUUUUGAGCCCGGAUUGGAGGCAAUUGUGAAAGCUGCCCGAGGCAAGAAUCUUUUCUUCUCGUCUGACAUCCCGGCAUGUAUUAAGAAGGCAGAUUUGAUCUUCAUCUCCGUGAAUACGCCGACCAAAACGUGAGUUUUCGAAUUGACAUGGCUAGUGUCAGAGAUGACGUAAUUCUUGGAUUUAAAAAAAAAAUCAUUUUUUGUAAUAGAGGCUUUCAAAAUUAACGAAAAUCCAUUUUAUACAACAAUUUCUGCAAGGCUUUAUAUUUUAAGACUAAAUUUAAAUAACUUUAGGUAUGGCCGAGGAACUGGGAUGGCUCCUGACCUCAAAUACGUUGAAUCCGUUGCCAGAACGAUCGCUGAGCACGCCGAGAGUGAGAAGAUCGUUGUUGAGAAGUCUACAGUCCCAGUAAAGGCGGCCGAGAGCAUCACUUACAUUCUGAAGGAGGCGCAGACCUACAAAAACAUCAAAUUCCAGGUAAAAAUUGAUUCCGAAAUAGGGGUUUUGAUGUAAAAUACGUACAAAGGAGCCGUUUUUCAACAUUAUCUAACUUUUAUUUACUGCAGUACGAUUCAAAAUUAGACUCUGAUUAUGUUAACCAUGCCAUUCCAGGUCCUCUCAAACCCUGAAUUUUUGGCCGAAGGAACUGCUAUGGCGGACUUGGCGAACCCGGAUCGAGUCCUCAUCGGAGGAGAGAAGAGUCCGGAGGGAGAAGCGGCGGUUCGACGGCUAGUCGAAGUCUACAGUAACUGGGUUCCCACGGAAAGGAUCAUCACGACAAAUACGUGGUCGUCGGAGCUCUCAAAGUUGGCUGCAAAUGCCUUCUUGGCCCAGCGAAUCUCGUCAAUCAACUCAAUCUCAGCGAUUUGUGAGGCGACGGGAGCCGAGAUCAACGAAGUUGCCCAUGCCAUUGGGAAGGACACGAGAAUUGGACCCAAAUUCUUGCAGGCUAGUGUUGGUAAGGAUGGUGGUAUAUAGAUGUAGACUCUUUGUGGGUCGUUUGACUUGCUUAUGUAAAAUAAUACAGUUCAGUUCGGUUUAAAAUUCAUAUUCCCGCCAUCUUUGGCGUUGUGUUUUAGAUGGUUGAAUUUCCCGGAAAAGCUUUGUCAUGGUAAAAUACGAAGACUAUUCAACAUAUUAAAUAAUUUAAACAUUGUUUUUAGUGAUUUUUGGGACAAAAUUUAUAUUAUCCAUCAAAAAUUUUGAUAAGAAUUUAUUAUUCACCUCAAGAUUUGAUGUUUCAGGGUUCGGAGGCUCUUGUUUCAAGAAGGACGUCCUCUCAUUGGUCUAUCUCUGCGAAUCCCUCAAUCUGCAGAAGUGUGCCGACUACUGGAAUGCCGUCGUUGCAAUGAAUGAAUGGCAGAAAAGGAGGUUCUCGGACAAGAUUGUGCUGGAAUUGUUUAACACAGUGGCCGAGAAGAAGAUUGCUUUCUUCGGAUUUGCCUUCAAGAAGAACACCGGGGACACGAGAGAGUCCUCGGCCAUCAGUGUGGCCCAACAUCUGAUGGAGGAGAGGGCCAGUAUUACCAUUUAUGAUCCAAAAGUAACCGAGAGCACGAUGAGACAGGAUCUGCUGACUGUGGCUAGUCAGGAAAGUGGUAAGGAGAUCAUUUUAGUUACUUUAGAUUAGCACAGUACAGUUUUAAGUUCAAAUAUUUAAAUUCCCGCCAUUUUUGGCAUUAGGGGAAUUUACAGACAAAUUCAGCGUUUUUCAAAGCUCUAAGGUUUUUGGCGACAAAAACUUAUAUUAUCCAUGAUGACUUUGGUCGGUUUUUAAUAAUUAUGGCCUGUUUCGACGAUAUCUCCUUUUUAAUUGCAGCAAAUAGCACCUUUUUUAAUUUUACAUUUCAGUUGACAAAGUCCAGUACUCCACUUGUCCAUACAAAGCCGCUGAAGACUCCCAUGCCAUCGUCAUUUUGACCGAAUGGGAUGAGUUCAAGACCUAUGAUUACGAGCGUCUAUUCAAGUCCAUGAAGAAGCCAGCUUCCGUUUUCGAUGGUCGUUUAAUUCUCGAUCAAAAUAAGCUCAAAGCGAUUGGAUUCCGAGUGUUUACAAUCGGCUCCAUGCCCACUCAAUCCUACAAAUUAUUCGACUAA